AUGGAGAGGAAUCAAGUAGCAGCCAUCACCACUUCAUCAACAACCCAAGAAGGAAUGGAUGAAGAGGCAGAGGGUAAUCUUGAGCAAGCCAACUACAUUGGGAAUUCACCUAGACAGAACCAUGAUCCAUACUCCAAAACCUAUAACCCUGGAUGGAGGAACCACCCAAACUUUGGGUGGGGGAAUCACCAAGAUCAAAGCCAAGACCAGAGACGUUACAACUCCAAUAACAAUGCAGCUCAUCAACAAUUCACACAGAGGACAUAUCAACACCCCCACAACAACACUUCUCCACACCCAUAUCAAAACCAAAACAACACCUCUCAUCCUUCCACCUCUAAUCCCAAUCUACCAUCAAUUGAUGACAGACUCUCUAAGCUUGAAACCUUACUUGAAAUAAUAUGCCAAGAGAUUCAAGAAAAUAAGGUGUUCAAAGAGGAGGUGCGAGCCAAUAUUAAGAACCAGGGAGAGACCAUCAAGAAGCUGGAAUUCCAAGUGGGAUGCUUAGCUGAGAAGAUUCCCAAACCUACUGAUGGCUUCCCAAGUGACACGGAGAAAAACCCAAGAGGCGAAGCAAAGAAAGUAAGAUGGAAAGAUUGCAAGAUGGUCACUACAAGUGAUAAGGAGACUGAAGACAAGCAAAGCAAACUCUCCAAACAGCCUGAAGACAACUCAACAGAGGAGGAGGAUAGAGAUCACCAAGAACCAGAAAUCUCACAACAAGAGCUGUUGAAGCUCUAUGCACCAUUUUCCCAACUACUCAAUGGUGCUGUGGGAAAGAGAAUAUACUCAAGGUUCCUAGACUUGUUUGCAUCUCUGCAUGUGAACAUACCAUUCAUCAAGGCCAUCCAACAAAUGCCUGCAUUCAUAAAGUAUAUGAAGGAACUUCUUCCCAGGAAAAGCUCAAUCAAAGGAGGCCAGACUAUAAUGAUGAAUAAGGAAUGCAGUGCCCUUAUUCAACCUGAGUUGCCUACAAAAAGAAGAGACCCAGGGAGUUUUCAUAUCCCAUGUGCCAUAGGGGAAACAAUGUUUGAUAAAGCACUCUGUGAUUUGGGGGCAAGCAUCAACUUACUGCCCCUAUCCCUGACGAAGAGGCUGCAGAUCAAUGAGAUAAUGUCCACAGAUGUAGUCAUCAGACUGGCUGACAAGACUCAAAAGCAAGCAAUAUGA